UUACAACUUCCCUCUCUUCUUUCUAUAUCCUGUUUAAUCAUCAAAACCAUACAUCAUGUCCAUGUUUUCUAUUUCAUGCAAAAUGUCUGUAAGGGAUUUCCAGUUAGCAAUAAAUGUAGAUACUAUUUUUUCCUUAACCAAAGAAAUGAAUUUAGCCUUCUCAGCAAGUUUCAUCAUUUUUACCAGCAUUCCUCCAUUGGGGAUAAUGCUGAAUCCUUCCAUCUUUAUGCAUACAAUAAUCUUUAUGCAUAUAAAAAGUUCCAUUACUUUUCCAACUCUUUGUCCAAAAGAAAAAUUGCUGGGUUUAAUUGUAUAUUAAUCUUUUAAAAUGAUCUUAAUCAGUGUGUGUAUUUUAAUGCAAAAUUUUCUAGCUUUUUCUUGCAUAUCCCAAGCAUAUCGCAGGCUCUGUCCAUUGCACCAAUAUGGUAUAUUUUUUAAUAGUGAUCAUUGGUAAUUUUUGUUUUGUCCUGGACAUCAGUGAUAAAAUAUUCUGUUUCUAUUGUAAGCUAAAAGCCUUUUAGCUACUGCACUAAGUCCAUACAAAUCUUUUCUAAGAAGCCUUUCCAAGUAUUCUGAUCUCAUGUAGCAUUUCAAUAGGGUGAAUUCAGUCAGUGAUGAGUGCUUUUCCUGCAGAAGCUACCAAAUUCAUCUUUUGGCAUUUCAUUUGAAAGGAUAAUAAGUAGCAGGGCUGGAAAACUAAAAUCCUGGAGAACUGUGAUCCAUUUGAAGAGACAAGAAUGGAUGGAAAUGAUCUGUGUCAACCUAAGGCAGUUAACAAAUAUUUCUAUAAGUGUUAAUGAUUUUUUUAAAAAAAUAUGCAGAAAAAAGAAAGAACCUAUAAAAAAAUAAAAUUUCCUAUACUAUACAUAAUUACUCAAAUGUUUAUUCCGUCCACCCAUCAGGCUAUACAAGUGAAGUCAGCUUACAUUUAAGCCAAUUAGUAAUAAAAACAUUGGGAAAUAUAACUUGCAAUAUAUAGCCUGAAUUUCUACAUAAUUUUCCAGUAAAAAGUUUAUUCAAAUAAAGAGGCUUAAAACUAUUGUGUAAUUAGCAGAGAAUACUUUCCUCCCAAACUACGAAGUAUCCAUUUUAAUGAGUAAGAACACAACAAUAUUGAUUUCUGUUUCUUUAUCCCAAAGAUCCCAAAUAUUUUUAAUCAGCCUUCUCGCUCCAACCCCAGUUGGGAACCAUCCAGAUCUGGAUUUCAACUUCCAGAAAUCCUAUUUAGAAGGCUCCAGGAUCUGCAAGGCUGAUUUAGAUACUUACAUUGUUAAGACUAGUUGGUGCGAUUCAAAGUGGUGGCUUUUUAAGUGUCCUGGGCUAAUGGCUAUAAAUUGGUUUAAAUUUAUAGUUGCAAGACUUGGUUUUUUUGCAAAGUAUUUAUGAAGGUUAUCUUUAAGUCUAUUGCAAUUUUAUAUGUUUCCCUUUAAUAUUUUGUUGAUUGAUUUUGAAUGUUGAGAAAAGUAUGCUGCUUAAUGUGUCAAGUACAAUCAAACCAGGAGCCAACAGCUUAAUUGCACUUGCAAAAAAAGAGACUGAGCAUAUUUUCACAGCAUUCCUUAAUUUCAUAAUUGCAAACUCAGCUUGUAGUAUUUCAUGAAACCUGUCUGAAGUAAUGCAAAUAAGAGAAUUUAUUUUAUUCCUUAGUAGAUGCUUGCAAUUUGAAUUAUUAUCUGAUCCCAGUCAGUUACAUAACAUCCAGUUAUACUUUAGUGGAAGAUCUUUAUUUUUAUCCAAAAGAUUUAAUUCUUUUCCCCAGCAAUACUUGAAUCUUACUGUUUUGGAUAUAGCAUAGGAGUAUGCUACUGGUUGCUCCCCCCCCCUCAGUCUGCCAGCCAUCUUUUGAAGGUAUCAUCGCUUGUUGUGGAAUAGUGACUAAGUGUCACCUGAUCUCGUUGACAGCUGUUGCUUUGCCCCCGCACCAUUUACUGAGACAAAAAUGGCAGCUGGGAUUCCAUUGGGGUCACGUGACCUACUAAGAAUAGCCUUGUAGGCUCAGGACAUGGAAUGAUGUCAGAAAGAAUUCAAGAUCUGGACAGCACACUAGAAGACAAGAAGCAAGCUUGGUGAACAGAGGGAAAUUUCCCAAGUGGAAAUAAAACAGGAAGAGACCAAGGUGUAAAAGCCAGAAAAGAGGCCAGCACUGCCAAAGCAGGGGAGCUGGAGCAGGCAGGCAGAACAAGGCAGAGGGAGCAAAGACUGGAAAAGCAGGCAUUGGGACUUAGGGAAAGCUGAGGGGGGUCAUCCAUCCAGCCUAUUGGAGUGUGCUGUGGGCAAGAAUUGGUGCUGCGGGGAUGAACUUUGCCGUGGGCUUCAAGCCGAUGCUGGGGACUUCACAGAGCAUGGAUAGCCUGGAGAAGCAACUUAUCUGCCCCAUCUGUUUGGAAAUGUUCACCAAACCAGUGGUCAUCCUGCCCUGCCAACACAACCUCUGUCGCAAGUGUGCCAACGAUAUCUUUCAGGCCUCCAACCCCCUGUGGCAGUCUCGUGGAUCUACUUCAGUGUCCUCAGGAGGCCGAUUCCGGUGCCCAUCCUGUCGGCAUGAAGUCGUGCUGGACCGGCAUGGAGUUUAUGGCCUGCAACGCAACCUUUUGGUGGAGAACAUAAUUGAUAUCUACAAGCAAGAAUCCUCUCGGCCUCUCCAUGCCAAGGCAGAGCAGCAGCUGAUGUGUGAAGAACAUGAAGAUGAAAAGAUCAACAUAUACUGCUUGAACUGUGAGGUUCCAACCUGCUCUAUGUGCAAAGUCUUUGGAGCCCAUAAAGACUGUGAAGUGGCUCCUCUGACCAACAUUUAUAAGCGCCAAAAGGGAGAGUUGAGUGAUGGCAUUGCCAUGUUAGUGGCAGGGAAUGACCGUAUCCAAGCCAUCAUCACCCAAAUGGAAGAGAUCUGUAAAACUAUUGAGGAUAAUGCUCGGCGACAGAAGCAGCAUCUUGGUCUGCGCUUUGACUCUUUGUACAGCAUCCUGGAGGAACGCAAAAAAGAGCUGUUGCAAGAAAUUGGACGAGAGCAAGAGGAAAAAGUCCAAAGGGUGCGGGGGCUCAUCCGGCAAUAUGGCGACCACCUUGAGGUCUCCUCUAAGCUGGUUGAGUCAGCCAUCCAGUCCAUGGAGGAACCCCAGAUGGCCCUCUACCUGCAGCAGUCAAAGGAGCUGAUCAAAAAGAUCACAGAUAUGUCCAAGGUAUCCAUGAGCAGCCGACCUGAGCCUGGCUAUGAAAACAUGGACCAUUUCUCUAUCAAUGUAGAUCAUGUUGCUGAAAUGCUGAGAACUAUUGAAUUUCAGACAGAUGUUUCUGGGGAGGAAACUGAGUCUGAAGGAAUUAUUCCAGAAGGAGGUGGUGAAGCUGGAGAGGAAGACCAUCCAGAAGGAUCAGAGGCUCCUGAAGGAGCAGAAGAUGGAGAGAAUCUGUCUCGAUUCAGACCAAAGCCACCUAGUGUACCACCUCGGGGCCAACACUGAAAAGUCACUUUGAAGACAGAAGCAGCUGGAGAAGUGUUCCGUUCAGCCCCAUCCCAUACUUAUCCCUCCUCACCACCAGACGUUUUUAUUGCUUCCCACUAAGUUUUCUUUCUCCAUGCAUCUUUUUCUUUCUUCCUUCUAUGCUCCUCUUCUCCCUAUACCAUUUGGCUUUUUAAUUUAUGAAGACAAUAAAGUUGAGACUUUAUUUGCUAACAGCAA